AUGGGUGGAAUGUGCGCAUGUGUAUCAGACAAUCAGAAGUCCUAGUCCUAUGGCGGAGAGCAGUACAGCAACAUCUAGCCGAAGCGCUAGUCGGCAGGCGGAGACCAUGACUAGGACAAUGAUUACUACACAAACGGUGGCGGUGAUUACUAACCAGUGAAGAGAAUGAACUCACCCGUGCAACUCAAGAAUAAAACCCUUGAUCUUCCCCCUCCUGAAAUCCUGUUCGAACUCCCUGUGAUGACAGUGGAAGAUCAAAUUCUUGAGAAUUAUGUCAAUGAACUCAAAAUGAUCGGCAAGGACAAGGCCAUGCAAUUCAAGGAACUUAUAACUAUACUCUACGGAGCCUACCUGACCCUAAUCAAAGAAAUCGUAUUCCAAAAGAGCUACAUUUAGAGACAGGGAAUUAUUACUAAGAUUGAUUAAUAAACAUGGAAAUACCAGCGUCUCUAAUAUAAAAAUCUGAUCUACUCGAUGUUCGAUGAGGAGGCCUACAAAGUAGACCAGUUGGUUGAGGUAAGCUGCCAGACUCUCAACCUAACUACAGACCAAUUUGUAAAUAUGAUGAGCCAGGUCUACGCUGACUAAGACUCAAAGUCAUAGCAACUCCAGAAUUCUCAGACCUCAUCGAAUUCUACAGAAAUAAAUUAAUCAGAAUUAAUUAAUAAUGCUAGUCCUAACAAAUAAAAUCAAGGAGCAUAUAGCAAUUAUGGUGCCAAGAGAACUAGCAAUAUAAAGACUAUAUAGUAAAGAAUCGAAGAUAAGAUACAACAGAUAAGGUUUAAGUAUGCUCUUAACUUCAGCAGCAAUAUGGGGCCUAACGGACCAGCAAAUGGCAGUAGUAAAGUCGAAAUGAGUGUACAAAAGUAUGAAGAGAUACAAGGAUUUAUCGAUGAUAUAAAGCGAGAACAGAUAUACUUCGAUUCUUAACAGGAGUUUAAGAAGAAUGCUAACAUCAAUGGUGAUAGAUAAUCAUAAGAAUUCCACUUGGAUAGCGUUGAUGGUCGCAAGACUAGGGACAGUUCGGACAACGACGACACUGACGAUAGCAGUGAUCACUCCCAGAUCCAGGACAUAGUCAUCCAAGGCUUUGAGAUCGAGGACAGACUCCAGAUGAAAUAUGGAAUUACCCUCGAUGAGUACUAUGACUUGUAAACGAGACAUUUGAACUCCCUCUAGCUUAGAUCAGACGGGUAAAACCCUCUGUCUACUCAACUGUCUAAAUAAUUCUCCCAGUAUUAAUAAGAUGUAGAUUAAGAUUUAGUAGCUCAAAACAAUGUCAAAGUAUGA